AGCGUUUAUUGUAAGACAUGGGCAGGACUGGUACUUUUCAAUGCCCCUCGAUACGAGAGUCGGUGUUUCGGUUCCCGUGUAUUUUGAUAUCAUGCAUCUUCCUCAGUGCGGUGUGAACCUUGUAGAUGGGGCAUUUUUACUUCACUGCUACUCGGAACUGUUGGACUAACACGGCGUCCCACUUGAAAGUCUCUGUUCCAUAAGCUGAGUUCGCACAGCACAACGUCGAUACAUCCAUUCAGGGACUUGUACGCUGAUAAGCCAGAUCGCCACAUCGAAGCGGGCACCUCUGGCUGUAUGAAUAUUGUACCGAAGGGCAGCCUAUUAUGCCUUAAAGAUGAUUUUGAUUGGUUUCGAGUACCCUGCUCGGAAUAGCACAGUCCAGAUCCAGAGCAAGUACCCCAGAUGGCCGCCGGAGCAGACUUCGAGACGUCGGACCUGGACUCCGUCAUCAACGUCAUCGGACUGACUCCCAGCGACCCCCUUGACACCUUUGUCGAAAUCUGGUACCAGGUGUUUCUGUGGGCACUGUUCUCAUCGCUCUUCGUGCACAUCAUUGCGGCAGUGGUUGCCUUCAGCAUGUUAAGGAAGCAGAAGAUUGGCCGCUUCACCCCGCUCCUUAUUCUUGUCAUGGGGUUGGUCGCGCCACUUACGGGUGGUGCUCUUUCAAGUGCAGUGAUUGCAGGGGUCUACCGAGCUGCCCGUUUCCAAAUGAUGCCCUUCUACGCGCUGGUCUGGGGUUGCGGACAGACAGUGUUUGCAGUUAUCAUGUCCUACACGCGGGUCCUCGCAACACUGUGAAGUGCGGGAAGCAGCAAGUUCGACGUGACGCUCUUGGCAGAGCGGAACACCGGGCCCAGCUAUGCAGCAGGAAGGACAGCUACUGGGGCAGUGCAGGUCAUGUGACCAACACCUGUGCUUCCGUUGUUGUUGUUUUGUUCUAGACAAGCAGUUUUCAAUAUGUUGGUUGCCCACAGCAGAGAAUCGUGAAUUGUGCUGCACGCUAGCGGUGCACCAGAAGCACGGGCUGCAACUUAAUCUAAGCUCUGUACAGACUGAAGCCUCGGGUGUCUGCAGGCAAAAGUCAUAGCGCAAUUCAGCUUCACCGAGACGAGUCACUGGUCUCGGUUUGCGCAGCGUUUUCUUUGGUUUAUGAUGAAUCCAUGUGGCUAUUAUAUGGCAAAUGGAGAAAUUCAAGUUUCACAUCAGGGAACCACAUGAUUUCGAAUGAGGCAAAAAAGAGGACUAGAUUUGUGAUGCUAGGUAUUAUAGCCCCUGUGAGUUGAUGUGUGCCCCGAUUGUGGCGAACCAAUGCCUGCGGUGGCCGGUGUGUGCAUUGUAGGAAACUUUCCCAAUUAAGUGUGUGAUGUGGCUGAUGGUGAGAUGCUGGUUUUGAGAUUGGGGGGCAGCGGUGACUGAUAGUGAUUGUUUCACUGUGAAAUUGAUAGCUGGGAUGACAGUGAUUGCUGAAAAUCUUUUCUUUUUGUUCAAUCUUCUUUUCACGAAAUUUGACUCCUCUAUUUUGGAGCACAGUUUCCGUGAAAGUGGCCAUUGUUAGCAAGCUCAAUUGUUAGCUCUGUUUUCUUGUUCUUGUAAUUCUUUGUUCACAUGGUUUUGGCAUGUCGUUAAAUUUUGUGCCCAACUGUUUGAGUUUCUUUGGGAAUUAGCAAUUGUCGGUAACCCUCAUGCACCAACAAAAAUUCAGUCCACUUGUUAUCGAAUUGAAUUUUCUACGUAAUUUAUUUGCAUCAACUGUUUGCUAAGUAUAUCGACGUGCCUGUUAGGCAAUACCAAGCACAUUCUCUUUGUUACAGCUCAAAGAGCAUAUCGGGGGUCAAUUUUCUGGAUGGAUGCCGAAAUUCGAGGUCAAAGGCAUAUCUACCUAUUUCCUUAAUUGGGAGCUUGAUUGAGCACCUUUUGUUUCAAACCUACACAUUUGGUUUUGCUGAGGCUAUGUUUGUUUCCCUUUCUUGGCUUGCCUUAAAAUCACAAUGUUUUGCUUGGAAUCAUUCCAAGCAUGAUACAUAAUACUCAAACGAGUCAACAUGAUUGUGUACUGCCAUCUUGCAAACUUUGUUACUUUGCAAUAUUUUGUUUAGCAAUCCUUUUUUGCUGGAACAACAUUUUCAGUCUGGCUUUAUUGAGUGGACGAAAGCUUAUGCAGAAACCUUAACCCAAAGGCUUUCUAUAGUGGGGCAGUUUUCGUCGAUUGCAGUUUGAUUUCAGAACUGGGAAGUGUAAGAAAAGGACAGCUGUCAGAGCAGACGAGAUGCGAGACCAAGAUGGUCACAAGGGCUUGUAUUAAAGUGUACAGUAUGUCUCCUUUUGGGACAGAAUGUCUUUGUACAUAGUGUACAUAGGGCUGUUUAUAGGAAGACUCAUGUCGGGAGAGUUUAGGAAAGAAAACUUAUUGUGCGAGUGUUGUGAAUAGUGUAUAUAGUGGUGCAUAAAGGCAACAUGCCGGUGUGCAAGGUGGGUAAAUGGGCCGACAAAAUGGCGUUGUGCUUUAUUUUUGUCGAAUAAAAUGCUAAAUAAGGUU